AUGUCUUUUUUCUCACCAGUACGAGGCCACAGGUCAAGCAAAAAAAGAGAGAAGAGGCCCAGGGAUCCUAAGCAAAAGGAGGGCAGCAGCAGUAAACAGGAGCAGUCGACAUCUUCUGCACCCUUCAGCUUCCUUUUCGUAGUCAACGAAUUCAAAAUCCUCGGCGAGGAACAUGGCUUCAGACCGCUCAGCGAUAGGUGGGGAAGCCCGCAGCCACCUCCUACUUCCGAAGGUUAUGGCAAUGAGGUUCCUGGGCGAGUAUGGCGAUACCAGGACGGCGUCGUCAACCUGGCUCCAGAGUUCACCUGGUUCAGGGGAGAUCGAGGUCUACAAGGACGUGUCGAAAUGAAUUUCAACACCGUCAACGAGUACGGGGAGGUCGAGUCGAGCUGUGAGGUCGCGGAGGUAUACAGCACCCACAGCGUCUUCAACUGCUGGCGCUUCCUCCCAUGCAUCUACACAGAUGCAGAUGUUUCUGCGAUCGGGGAAAUGGAAAUCAACCACCGAUGGAGUCCUCUGGAGUUUGACCACGAUAAGCAUGAACGUGGAAUGACUUGGGUUUGUGGCGAUUCGGAACGACAUGUCGCUGGUAGAGGGGCAUCGUGGAUGCCGAGUCUCUUGCCCGAGACCUACGCGGCACCUACAAGCCACGCAGAACCAGCGCCACCAUCAAAGGGACUCGGUGGCACUUUGGGAGUCAUCAUCGGACUCAUGGCGUUAAGCCGGAAACCUGGGCACGCCGACGACGUCUUCACGCACAACAUGUGGAGGAACAAUCGUUGGUAUGGCCACCCACGACACCAUCGCGCGGACCCCGGUUCGAAAGGCCCGCCUCGAGGAGUAAUGGUGCAGAUAUGCUACGAUUCCUACAACCCCGAGGGGUCAAACUAUGAGAGCAUUCUCGACUUUGAGCAGACUCACAAGGCACUUAUUGGAUGA